AGGAAGGAGCAGAGAGACUGGAGGGAGCCUUCCCCUGAACGGCUUCCUGAAGGGGCUCAGGGCGGCCCUUCCUUCUCCUCUCUCCUUCUUCCCCUCCUCAGCCCUCCCCUGCCUGCCUUUGGGCCUCCCAUUCAUCCCUCUUUCUUCAACCGAAGCGCUCUCCCUUUGGUUGCCCUGAGGGUUAAGGAAGCAGAGCUUGAGCCUGAAUCAUUAUUUAGGCACCAUGAUGACUAAUAGAUGCAGAGGCUGCCCUUGUUGUUGCUGCUGCUGUUGUUGUUGUUGUAUUUCCAGCAUUUCCAAGACUGUGUGCCCACUUCCGAAUUUCCAAGAUGCCACACAAUGCAAGAAUUUAUGAUCAUUCUGAUGUCACCUUCUAAUGGCUUUGGCUUAAGACAGUGGCUGGAUCUAUGCACGCAUGGGACUACUGCCAGAGAUUAGUCUUCAUUGUGUCUUCUCUGCAAGAGGUAACAAUGAUUUGGAUCCAACAACGAACUAGCAGGCACUCGAAAGAGAGGUCCUGUUGGAACUGGAGGUGAUGUGGACAGUCAGAAGAUUCCGAGUGAGACAUCAUGGGUUUCAGGCUCUUAGCCUGUCUCUUCAACCUGCCUGUUGCAGUCGUCUAUGGGUCCUUGUCACUUUUUAUUUCUAUUUUGCACAAUGUGUUUCUUCUCUACUAUGUGGACACCUUUGUUUCUGUAUACAAGAUUGAUAAACUUUCUUUUUGGAUUGGAGAGACAGUAUUCUUGAUCUGGAAUAGCCUCAAUGACCCUCUCUUUGGCUGGCUGAGUGACCGGGCUUUCCUCAGCACACAUCAGUCUGGAGUAGAGAUCUCUAAUCCAGAAGUGGUCUUGAAAAGACUCAAGGCACUGAGCCACAAUGGACCCCUCUUUGCCAUGUCAUUCCUGGCUUUCUGGAUUGCGUGGGCCCACCCAGGCUUGCAGUUCCUCAUCUGUCUGUGCCUGUAUGACAGUUUCCUUACCAUGGUGGAUCUCAACCAGAAUGCCUUGCUCGCUGACCUUGCUUUAUCCGCGAAGGACAGGACUGGUCUCAAUUUUUAUUCUUCACUCUUCAGUGCCAUUGGCUCCCUCUCUGUCUUCAUGUCCUAUGCUGUGUGGAACAAGGAAGACUUCUUCUCCUUUCGAAUAUUUUGUGUGGUGCUGGCCUUUUGCUCAGCAGUUGGAUUUACCUUGGCCACAUGGCUGCUGAGGCAAAGGUUUCAGAGAGAGGGACGAGUGAAGUGGGAUGAAAAUGCAGCUUUAAAAGAACUGUAUGUUGACCAUCCCUCUGGACAUCAAGACAAAAGGAUCACUCUGGCUGAGUAUCUCAAACAGCUAUCCAGGCAUAACAACUUUCUCUGGUUUGUCUCCAUGAACCUUAUACAGGUUUUUCACUGCCACUUUAACAGCAACUUCUUCCCUCUCUUCUUGGAGCAUCUGCUGUCUGAUCGCAUCUCACUCUCCAUGGGAUCAUUUCUGCUUGGUGUUUCCUAUGUUGCUCCUCAUCUCAACAACCUCUACUUCCUUUCUCUUUGCCGGAGAUGGGGAGUAUACGCUGUGGUGCGAGGACUUUUCUUUCUGAAGCUGCUGCUUAGUGUGAUUAUGCUCCUUGCUGGACCAGAUUGGGUUUAUUUGCUCUGUUUCUUCAUAGCCAGCAACCGUGUGUUCACUGAAGGCACGUGCAAGUUGCUGAACUUGGUGGUCACUGACCUGGUAGAUGAAGACUUGGUACUGAAUCGCAGGCAGCAGGCUGCCUCAGCCCUCUUGUUUGGCAUGGUUGCCUUGGUAACAAAACCAGGCCAGACCUUUGCCCCCUUGAUUGGCACCUGGCUGCUGUGUGCUUAUACUGGUUAUGACAUCUUUCAGCGAGACCCCCUGAGCAACACAGUGAGUGCCCAACCUAAGCUGGCUGCCAAUGCAGCCUGGGAGCUGACACUACGUCAAGGGUGCUUCUACCUCCUCGUUUUUGUUCCCAUUACAUGUGCUUUACUGCAGCUUCUCAUCUGGUCACAGUUCAGCCUGUAUGGCAGACGUCUCCAGACAGUGAAGUUUCAACGUCAGACCUUCACAGAAAGCCACUCCCAAGAGAUCAAAACUAUCUAGUUGCCAUUGUGAGUGAGCAUUACUAUUACAGUACUCCAGAAGGAGUGAUAAGAGCAAGGAGAAAAAGAAAAAAAUCAGGCUAUGCCAAAUUCCCAGAAAAGUAGGCCUGGCUGGAGUCAGCCUUGAAGAAUUCCUGGUGACUUAAAAGGUUGCAUCUCCUGUCACCAUCCAGAGAUGAUUCACAGAGUUAGCUCCUUGCCUUAAAUCAAUGUCAAAUUGCUUGCUAAUCAUGUCAGUAUUCAUUCCCAGACAUCUGGGAAGAAAAGUGAUCAGGCAGCAGAAUAUGCAUACAUAUGUGGGGGCAGAAAUGGUUCUGUUGAAUAAAUCAGUAGUAUUUUAAACCCUUAUAUUCUAUUCUCUGGAACUGUUUGCAGAUAAGUCUUGAUCUGGGUGAGAAGAUAGGACUCAUAUCCCCUCCUUCACUUACCACUGUUAUUCUCUGUAUUGUAUUCAAUGUUUCCUUUUCCCUCAACUUCUAACUGUGAACACAACUAGACUACCUUCAGAAUGUUAGACAACAUAAUAUUCUGUAUUUAUCAAACAGGCUCACCAUGCAGGGAAAACAAACUUGUAGUGCUGUAAUUAACCCCUUUUCAAGAGACACAACCUAUUCUUCCUGCACAGGUACAAUAACUGGAUAUGUGUUGUAAGGGUAGACUUUGGACCAUAUUCAGGGCCACAGUGCUGGGAGAUACUUCACAUUGAAAUUAGAGGCUGACAAGGCUUAGUUUUAAUCCUGUUGUGUUGAUUACAGAUUUCAGCAACUGUUGGGUUGCCUAAAACGAAAGGUUGGCCUUCUUUCUUGGGGCUCUCAUCUUGGGUUUCCUGCUGAAUCAGUUUUAAAAAUGGCAUAAGAAGCUGUUAAGUGUACUUUGAUUUGCUGACAUGCAAGGGAUCAUUUGUGUUUAUACAUAUGGUCUAGUUCUGUUACCUUGCCAUGUGAACAGCAUGGUGCUCACCUGCACAAAUUACUAUGGCUAGAAGGCCAGUGGGAAUGCUGCUGUAUGUAUGGCUGUUUGGAUGUUUCUCCCAAGAAACUGUCCUGGGCCCAGAGGACUGGUGAUUGCUUGCAGAGUAUCAGACAUAGGAAAUAUGUCUGAUACUCAUAGGAAAUUCCCCUUAGACAGAUUUGAUAGACUGUGGAUUAUGCCCUACUGCAGUGUCAAAAACCUACUGUUUAAUUCUUGCAGGCUGCUUGGGUCAGUUUACUUGUUUUGGCUUACCAUGGAAAAGUAGGCCAAAAUCUUCUUAUAUUAUCUUUUCUGAUGAGUUGCUGGUGAGAGAAUUUAUGGAGUGUCCCAUGCCUCCUUGAAGGGAUUUUCACUUGUCUCUAAGAAACAGAACCGUAUACUAUCCUCAACCAGCUAUGGACCAGAACAGUAGCAUAGACUGAAUCCUACAUCUGGUUUAAUUGGAGAAAAAAUGUGAGAACCCAUAUACUGUGUUUCUAUGAUUCUUAAAUAUUGUUACAGAGGGAGGGAAACCCAAAUGAACCAUAGCACCUUGGGAAGAAAUGACCCACCUUUUUAUGCUGAAGCACAUAUCGCUUACAGGGUUCUCAGUUUGUUCAGGCACUGACGUGGGCAGCUUUAGCAAAGCGGUUGAGGUAAGGAUGGUAAAAUGUUUACAAUCUAAACUUUUGUAUUUGUUGAUGACCAAACUGUAAUUUAUUUGUAUCAUUUCAUUAAAAUGCAAUUCUUUUUAAAGCUA